GAUGAGACGGGACGCACGUCGUUCUGCCUGUGCUCUCGGUUUGACGGACUGACUCUGCAUCUAUCGCUCUCUCCUUUCGUCGUGUGAGAAUCAACGUGCAGAUAUCACGUAUGCGAUUAUCUAAAAAGUGAUUUUAACAAGAAUUCUCCCGUUUCAUAUCUGUCGAAAAACACAUUUCAUCUUCUUAGUGAAAUAUGUGUGGAUCGUUCCGUAGACUCUUACCGAUGGUUUUCAAAGUGAGCCUUGUACUAUGAGAAAGUUAAUACAGUGAUAAAUAAAAAUAUACUUGAGAAACGUUCAGAAGAGCGCACCACUGAAGACGGGCUCUAUCACUGACACUCAUCAGUUUGGGACACCUUGCACUGUCGUCACAAUUUAUCCAGCCUACGGGUGGUCCAUCGUUAAUGAGAGAUUCAUCACAACUCCAGAUGCUGAUGGGCACUUGUCUACGAUGUCAAACAAGCUUAUAAAGAAAACGCCAUGUACAACAUAAUCGUUGGCAUAUUUUGAACGGAUAAGGUGGUGAAUAAUAUUAACAGAGAUUUUCAUAAAUAAGGUCAUGAAGUGUGGAAAUGAAAAACAAAAAUUAUCUUGAAACAAAACAUAACUCGAGUUAGAUAACGAAAUACAAGUUAUCUGUUUAUAACUAAAGUCUAUACGUUUUGAGAAUACUCAAGUUGAGAUCAUACGUAAUAAUGUUUGAGAAAGCAACAAACAAAACAGUUUUCUUUCGGUCAAAUAGUAGUUGCAUCAUUUGAAGAAAAAACUUUAAUUGCUCUUCUGCUUCAUUCGCACUUCAUUUAGAUAAAAAAGAAAAACUUACUGCAAGACCAAACUUUUCAGAGCAUGGAAGGCUCCUUCCUUAGGUUAUCAACUUUUUACUUUUGCUACCGAUAUAAGUUAAGUGCCUGUUCUGCAAAAUAUAGGCAAAAUACGACACUUCUGUAAAUAACAAAACGAGUUUUUCAGUUUUAGAAAAAAAUAAAAAGCCGUAGAAGAAUAUCUGUUGAAUUAGGAAGAAAAAGAACAUCGUCCAAGCGUGGCCUUCCAACAAAGGACAGAAACACAAUAGACGGAACAAGGCCUUUCAUGCAUUGUGGUUGGUUCCUUGUUUGGAAAUAUGAUGGCCAGAAGGAGACCACAUUUCCCUGAAGUAUCAUAAGGAAAACAAAUACACCACAAUAUCGCGUACUCCGUCUGUUCUGGAAGACAAUGGGGAAAUGUACUUAUUCCCGAUAAACUUCACAACAAAAGCAGCACGAAAAUAGUGCGUAAUAAUUAAUGCAGGCAGUUCGUGCUUUAGAAACUGAUACCAAGAAAAAAAAGAGUAAAAGUAAUUGCACAAAAGAAAACACUGCUCUGAAUGAUAUAUAAUUCUUACAAAGGCGUGAGAUGGUGUUUUGCCUGAUUUUAUUUGUAUUUUUGGGAAAUUGGCAGGAUAAUUAUGUGUUAACUUAUAGUGCUCAAAGCAAAUGAAAAUAAAGUGAAAAUAAAUACAGUAUCCGUAUGUAGUAUAAAGUUACCAAUAUGAUUUAAACAAUGCAUUAGUGAUUAAACGGCACGAAUAUUCAAAUCUGCAGGUAAAGAAGACAGCCUGUAUAGAAGUGAUUAAACCGAGUGCACUACACGUUUGCUGCCAACAAAUAUAUAUAUAUAUUGUAGAAAUGUUUGAUCUGAUAUAUAAGUGACCUAAACGAAGGAAAGACUUCCAGUUAAUUAACAAAGAAGAAUAAUAAAUAUCCAAGCGCAGCUGUGUUUCAGUACAGACAAGUAUCAAAACAAAAUGUCAUUAUAUCCGGGAUCAACGUUGCUUCACGUUUUAUGCUUUGCUGUUCUACUAUCUUGCUCUACCUCAGAUCAAGAAGGAGGUACGUACACACUAGGUCGAUGGAGCAGCCAUAACAAUCAGCUUGGGGCUCCUGACGAGACAGUGAAACUCCCUGGAGACAGAUUUGAAACUCAAAAUAAUACUGUGGUCACAGGUCAAGUUGGGGCCGCAGUCAUUCUUCACUGCAAAACAUCUAGUGCCACGGGAGGACUGGUGUCCUGGAUAAGAAAAAGGGAUUAUCAGCUCCUCACUGUGGGUCUUCACACACACUCCAGCGAUGACCGGUUCUCUAUAAACUACGUUCACUGGGACUGGCAGUUGCAUAUCCGCUACGUUCAGCCUCGAGAUGCAGGUGCUUACGAGUGUCAAGUGUCAUCUCAUCCUCCAACCUCCCUCUUCGUUCACCUUGAAGUUGUCGAGGCCGAGGCAGAGAUCCUUGGGGCACCUGAGAAGCAUGUUAAACUGGGCACCAUCUUGCGUCUGGUCUGCAUCAUGCACCAUACGACGGAGCCCCUCUCUUACGUCUUCUGGUACCGAGGCACCGAGAUGAUUAAUUACGAGUCCGACGAUGGCGCUGGGAGCGUUGUAGUCGAGAGUGAUGACCACACAAGUGUACUGAUGGUGACGCGAGCGAGUCGACACCAUUCUGGGAACUAUACGUGCGCUCCUUCCAACACCAAACCAGCCUCUAUACUGGUGCACGUACUUAAUGGAGAACACCCAGCUGCAAUGCAACACGGCGAAGCCUCCGGCCUGGUGAAGCCUCCACCUCUGGUCCUGAUCAUCGUGAUGGCGCUCCUCACCCAGAUCCUCUUUACCAUGCCGUCGACUUCCAUGUGGCACUGGCAUUUGUCCGCCUCGCCCUUCCAGGCCAAGAGGACCGGAACCGCAGCUGACCGUGAGCUCCUCGACCACCCAAAAGAGCCUCUCCGCCACAGCAGCCGUCAGAGCAAGUUGAUCAUUCCCUGGAACUGGGCCCCAGUCGAGAAGGGCUCACUGAGCGAGCAGCUGCCGAGCGAGAAAAUUUCCGGGAAUAGCUGUCACCACCGUUGGGUAGACUCCAGUUUUCAUUCUCAUUACGUUUCCUUUGAAUGUGGUAAUUAAAAUAAAGCAUUGUCUUAUUAAUUAUUUAUAUAUAAUGAGUAAAAUUUAUCUGUUUUAAAGAUAAAGAAUUAUAAAUAUAAAUAGACUUCCAGUCCGAUACAAAAUAAUAUAUAAAAGUAGGGUCGUGUUUUAUACUUGAAUAUGUGUGCAGGGUCUGAGAGAGGCCAACCUUCAUUAGAAAGCGACAAGGACACUGACGGGUAUAUGCGAGGAGUGCAUUAGGAUUUCAUCUAAGGAUCUCAUUCAGGAAGGAAAUUACUUAGCUCUAGCUUGUAGUUAGCAAUAUCAGGAUGAAUACCGACAGUUUUUUAGACAAAUAUCUUUGGUUAAGCCGCACCUAUUCGGUAAUUUCCUUUGCUAAGGCAGUUCAUUUUUAGCAGAAAUUUUAGAGCUCUCGCGCAUACUUAUAAACAAACAUUAUCGAGGCUUGAAUGGUCAAUUUCCAUUAAUAAAAGGAACAGGAAUUCUGUGAAAUUUGAUAAGUAUGUUACCAAGAUUAGGGUGAAGAAAAUGAAAGCAUUGUAGAUCAGAAAUAAAAAAAAUAAUGGAGGAUACAAUCAGUUUCUGACUACCAAGCGUCAUAAAAAGUCAAAGUUACUGUUAUUGCUGACUUCGGAAAAUAUAGUUAAUAGCUUUUAGAAAAUAAGUAGUGUAUUUCAUUAUCUGAUGGAACGGAAAUAUCAAAUAACCCCUGAUUUUAUAAUAGGCAGGAGGAUGAGGAUAAUGUUAAUGCUCAUGAACCAACGAGUCAUUAUAAAAAAGUGGUAAGUGGAAUGUGAAACAUUCUGGCUUAAAAAUCAACAAAGGAAAAUCAACUUUACUGGUUCAAUUUAAAAUAACACACAAUCACUACACAAACACAAACAAAUAUGCAAGC